AUGAAUUGGGGCAGAAUAUCCUCGUCGUCCAGGCCAGUACCUGUUCAAAACGGUAAGAACGGGCCAGCAUCGACAACAACCCUGUCUGCCAUGAGCGAUGAAAAAUACAUAUCCAUCCACAAACUCACCAAGCAGUUCGGCUUCGUCCCAUCCACCCUGUCCAAGUGGGCCGAUGCUGGGAAAGUGCGAUACAUCCGCCCCAACGAAAACCGACACAGACUCUACAAUGUGCGAGACAUUGAGCGAGUCUUCUGCCUCACCCAGCCCAUCACAACCAGGAUCGUCGUCUACUAUGCCAGAGUCAGUUCAUCCCACCAGCGAGCAGACCUCGAGCGACUCCAAGUCUGGAAACGAGAGCGAGAGCCAUACAUGGCUGCCCGCAAGGCUCUCCAGAAGCAGUAUCCCAAGCAGUGGAAGAAUCGCCUUGGCGAGAUCCUGAUUCCAGAGCCACCGAAACCCCAUCCACCCAAGAAGAAGAAGACGGUCCUCCUGGAACACCUGAGACAGCGAGUCGGUGUCCUGUCUUGCUACGACAAGGACCACUGGAUCCGUCAGAAGGGUGUCGCUGCUGAUUUCAUCGACGAAGCAGUCCGAGACUUUGUCAAGAACUGGUUCUCGAACCAGCACCGAUACCUGUCCCAGCAAGCCCAAGGCAACAACCCCAGUCCAUUCGACAUGCACUUCUCGAGCAAGAAACGGGUCAGCCAAGAGUCCUGUGUCCUGCUCAAGAAGCACUGGGGCAAGAUCGUCAAGGAGGACAGCUUCUGGAACAGACUCAAUCCCUUCAAGCUCAAUGCCGAGGACCGAGUCGAGCGAGGCAAGCAACUCACUCUCCCCCUGGCCCAUGACACCCGCCUGAUCAAGACACGCACCAACAAGGUGUAUAUUGUCGUCGCCGAGCCAUUACCCAAGAGGAGCGAAAGCCAAGCUCCUCAAGGUGAUCUCAGGGUUGUCUCUGUCGAUCCUGGUGUGCGCGACUUUAUCACCUCUGGGCUGGUCACAGCCUGGAGUCCCAAUGUCAGUGGAUACUCCAAGAUCAAUGACCUCAAGCGAAGUGUUGGCAAGGUCCAGUCCAAGAUGGCCAAGUUGACCAAGAAGCAGCGGAGAAAGAAGAAGUUGAUGUGA